GUCGAAAGGACAACAAACGCAUGACAAACACUCGACAUGCGCGACAUUGUUUUUUCCAUCGAUUUUCCUUAAUUUCGACGUCACGAUUUUCGUCGACGCAAACAGUUUGACAGUUCUCUUCAGCUGAUCUUGUUUGGACUUGAUUUCAACCAAAUUGAACCAGUUGUCGUUGCUGUUGGGCUACUGGAGGAUUUUGACCGAUUGACAGAUUUCGGUUGUCGUGGCUGUGAAGGACGAAGACGGUGGGCCAUGUUCCGGUAUCGGAAGGAAUCGGUCUGCGAUUGAGAAAGCGGAUUGGUGUUUUGCUUUCCGCGGAAGUUGCAUUCCCAAAGGAGAAGGAGUUUCCGAGUGUUGAAUGUGUCGGAAACAGAAGGAGGGAGACGGAACAUUCAAGCUCGGGAGUCAAUCACUGUUCCGCUUGAAUAAAAAGGUGGAGGAGGACGAAAUAAUAAACUCCCGCGACGUUUCUAAACAGCCAGAAUUUGUUAAUGGAACCGCUCUGUACAAACAGUUUCCAGAGUGCUUUUUGCUGGACGUGGACCAGCAAGAGGAAAAGGACAAUGAAAAUGCGUUGGUGCAAUUAUCAAAACUCAGUCUUCUUCCUGGAGAUACUUUCGGCCGAGAACAUCCACCGGGUGAAGGCGAUCGAGGUGGACAAACUUCCCACGGGGCAGCACUCGAACAUUGGAAGGGUAGACAAGCAGAUCCUUUCCAAAAGUGGUUGGCCAUCGUCGGACCAAAAGGAGUCGGUUUGUAUUUCCUUCUUGUGCAACGGCCAAUCCCGUCACUAAGCGAAAUUAAGAGAAGUAUGGCUGCAGUGAUAGUGAAUUUUUUAAAAACAAAGUGCCAGGCCAGUGCAAACUAAUACAAAUGAAUAAAAAUAAUGAAAAACAUAAACAACGUGAAUUUUAUUUUGAAAAUAACCUCAAAAUACCAAAAUGACAGCACACGACAAAGGCACGACAUCCUAAAUAACAAAACCGUGCGACGUCGGUCGAAUGUCGUACGACAAUGUCGAACAAUUUCGAUUAUCGAUCGUACGACAAAUACGACAUUUUGGUGCAAAAACGUCUGACAUUCGUGCGAAAGUCGCGCGACAUUGUCGUGCGACGUCGUAC